CUCAAACAAAAAAAAAAUGACUACUUUAUACGAUUUCACUGUCAAAGAUAUUAACAACAAGGAAUGGGAUCUUUCUGAACUCAAGGGAAAGGUUGUUUUGUUUGUUAACGUUGCCUCCAAGUGUGGUUUCACCAAGCAAUACGCUGGUUUAGAAGAGCUUUACAAGAAAUAUCUUGAUAAGGGUCUCGUCAUUAUCGGUGCCCCUUGUAACCAAUUUGGAAGCCAAGAACCUGGUAAUGAGGAAGAAAUUCAAAACUUCUGUACUUUGACCUGGAGUGUUACUUUCCCUUUGACUGCCAAGCUUGAUGUCAAUGGCGAUAACGAAGCACCAGUUUAUAAGUGGUUAAAGGAAUCUCAACCUGGUAUUCUCGGUUUAAAGCGUGUUAAGUGGAACUUCGAGAAAUUCUUGAUCGAUCGUGAAGGAAAGGUCAACAAGCGAUAUGCCUCUACCACCGAGCCUAAGUCUAUUGCUGCUGACAUUGAAAAGCUUUUAUAAUCGAAUAAAAUUUGUAAUACCAAUGCUCGCAAUUUGCGUGUUUUAAAA